GUGUUUUCGCGCGAGCCCGGGAGAUCAUUGCUGUGUGUGUCCGGCACCGCCAGCUGUAUCGAACCUCCGCCAUGCUCUUCCAGUCAGUAGUGAGCAGACCCAGGCUGGGAUGGAGACACAGAGGUGAAUAUCGCGAUAACGCGGCGGGUGAAUGAAUGGGAUAUUUACUAAAGUGCGAUUUAUUGGCGAGCUGAGGGGCUAUUUACUAAAGGGAAUCUCGCAUCUAUGGCCAGAGGAGCCAAAAUCAACGCAUAGCUGACUGAGAGUAUAUAUUAACCAAUUCUGGCUAUUUUAUCAUUGAAUUUAAAUUCACAAUUAUUAUUAUUUUUAUUUUUUUUUGAAUGAAUGAAUAAACUUGUCUGGUUGCAAUUACAUGUCUGUUCGUCCACCCAUUGUAAAGCGCUGCGGAAUUUGAUGGCGCUCUAUAAAUAACAUAAUAAUUAUAGUAAAAAAAUAGCUCACUUCUGGGCCAAGACACGUCCACAAACUGUGGAAGGUGGCAGAAGACUUCGAGGCAGGUAGACCUGUGUGGUGGAGGGCAUUCGGGACAUAUGGACUGACACCCAUUGUCUCUGCUACUCUUAACGAACGACGACGACUUCCCACCCGGACUUUACCCGAACGCCUUUAGGGACAUAAUUCGCACUACUAAUCCCAGACUUCACCACGUUGACACUCAGGAGGGAUGUAAACAGCUUGACUAACUCCUGGGGGGGCGAUGCCCCUACAGUUCUAUAGACUUUUAAAUAUAAACAGUUGACAAACUUCAUUGACACCCUCCCCAAAGGACAAGCGCUCACCAGACAACCGACCACAUUUGAGGACCUAGGCGCUCGUUGCACCAGAAUCACUAUAGCCUCAUGUAGUAGUUAUGGUUCCAGGAGUGACCUGGCUCCUCCAGAGUAAUUUAUCAGGCCAUUUUAGAAUGUUUGACAACUUAACUGGUUCCCAAAGGGCAUAAGCUGAACAUCCUCUGCCAAUGGGUGCAGACCUGCUUAGCUAGUGAAGACAUCAGGAUGUGAUACAGGAGCUUGCCAGGUAAGAUGUCAAACCAUUCUAAAAUGGUUUGGCAGAUCACACAUGGACAGCACCAGGUCAUUCCUGGCACCUUAACCACAAAACUAGACUUCAGUGGCUAUGGUGCUGGGAGUGUUUAUAUAAAAACCAAAAAUAAGCACACAUGUUUAUCAGAGUUCGUAUACUUGUAUUAAUAACCAUAUUUUCCUUAAAUUGUAGGCUCCACUGGGUACCCUCUCUAUUCUCUCUUGGAAGAUUACCAAUGUGUCAGACCUGAUGAGCAUACUUCCUAUGGUGAAUUGGGCAUGCCAGUGCCUCCAUUUGGGUGCUCGUUCAGUGCAGGUAAACAGAUUUUUUUUACAUUUAUUUAUAUUUUUGUUAGCAGGUAAAGGAACAUGCCACUACAGCCUUUUGGUGGUUAUAGUGCAAGCAGUGCCCUGGCACCCUCCCAGUGUAAGUAAUCAAAACUUACCUGAGAUCCAGUGGUCACCGCCUCCUCUUCAAUUCGAUGCAGGGUGUAGCUGAUUGCUCAGCUGAAACUCUAAACCAAUGAGCUCUGCAGGGCUUAGCUCAACAGAGCUGUCAGAAGUUCUUUGCAGGAGCUUCUGGGCUCCGGAGGAAGUGAACGACUCCUGGCAGACCCACAGUGAAUUGUCAAACUGUUUGCAAACGUUUUACUAUUGCAAUAGACUGCAUUAAAGUGGCACUGUCAUGCUGAAAUUACCUUUCCCCAAUCGCUUCCUCUUCUUUCAGUUUCUCAGGAUCUGUUCUUCAUUUCUUCCUAUCUGAUCUAGUUUUCUUUAAAACAUAAGUCAAAGUAGAGGGACUACUUUGUCUUAUGUACAUUUCCUACGCUUGACCUGCUCUGACCCACUUCAUGUGCAUGUCCACUAAACAGUGGGCAGCCUGUGGCUGCUCACUGUUUAAAAAAAGAAAACUACUAUCCGGCCCUAAAAAACAAUAAGGGCGCAGACUGAGCUCUCCAUGGCGGGGGGAAGGCUUAUAAAGCCUUGCCACGCCCUGCAAUUAGGCUAAGAACACUCUGGUUGGUUUAAGCCAAUCAGAGUGCUCUUUGUCAUUUUACACAGCAUGGGAAAAUUCCAAAGAACUUUCCCACACUGUGUAAAAUGACAGAGCACUGUGAUUGGAUGGAUUUCAAGCCACCCAAUCAGAGUGCUCUGUGUUAUUUUACACAGCGUGGGAAAGUUCUUUGGAAUUUUCCCUCGCUGUGUAAAAUGAUACAGAGCACCGUGAUUGGCUUAAACCAACCAAUCAGUGUUCUUAGCCUAAUUGCAGGGCGGGGCAAGGCUUUAUAAGAGCGCUCCAUGGGUGAAGAUAGAUUAAUUUUUUUAGCGUCUGGGUUUUUUCUUUUUUGUCGGGAUUUUUUUUUUUUUUUUUUGCACUCUGGGUUUUUAUUUUAAGUUUGGCGGGUAUGAUGGCUUUUUAUUUGGCCUUUUUGGGGGCUGAAAAAUGAAGAUUUUAGAAAAAAGAAGACAUCAAAUGGUAAGUUUAAUUUUUGUUUACAGGUUAUUUUAUUCUUCCCCCCCCUCCCCAGUUGUCAUUUAGGGCCCCCACCUGUCGCCCAUGGGUGGGGACCGGGUGGAGGACAAUAGGUGUGUCCCCCCCUAAUUGUUUUUUAGGGGGGGUGGUGGUUAGUAGAAUCUUUUUAUUUAUUUUUUAUAACAGUGAGCAGCCACUGUUUAAUAGACAUGCCCCUACUCGCGGUAUAGCGAGUAGGGGCAGAAUUUACUAAUACUAAGUAAUCUUUACUUAGUAUUACUAAAUUUGGCUGAAAGACCAAUUUAGGUCUUUCCGCAUUUUAGUAGAUAACUCCCUGAUACCAUGGGAAUUAGGGAGUUAUCUACUAAGCGGCUGCAAGAUGCAGCCAUAGCACGAAUAGGAUCGGAGUUUCAUUCAUUCGAAUGAAAUUGCGAUCCGAACAAAGUCCCGAAUUGCAUCCUAACACGAAUGGAGAAACUGUUAGGUUGCAAUUCGGCAGUUUUGUCGGCGUUCUGUCUAAGUGACAGGACGUUCGGCAAUACUGACAGGAAGCAUCAUGGGAACAGGGAGGAAAGCUAAGGAUCAUGGGAAAAUUGCUCUGACCAGCGGAAAUGAAGCACACUUUGCUCCUCCGCUGGUCAAGCGGAGGAAACCUCCAUAAGGCAAAGAGUCCCUACUUUGUCUUAUGAUUUUAAAGAAAACUAAAGAAGAGAGGAAGAAAAGAAGAACAGAUCCUGAGAGGGGGGGAGAAGAGGAAGAGAUUGAGGAAAGGUAAGUUCGGCAUGACAGUGCCGCUUUAAUGAAAUUCUGGUCUGUGCUGCGGCUACAUCUUGUGGUAUCAGGGUGCUAUCUAUUAAAAGACUGAAAGACCAAGAUUAGUCUUUUAGCCAACUUCACGAAUACUAAGUAAAAAAUUACUUUGUAUUAGUAAUUUAUCUUCCCCUUAUCACUAUACUGUGAGUAGGGGCGUGUCUACUAAACUGUGAGCGGCCUGUGACAUGAUUUCAAUCCCCCUUGUGUAAAUAUGGGGGUCAUAUUGACCCCUAUAGAGUGAGAGGACGACAUAGGGGGCUUAGGAAGUGGUAAAGGAACAUGCACUGCUUCCUGCUGCUUCUAUUUUUACAUAUUACAAGGAGGGAGCUGUGCGCUGUUAGCUCACUCUUUGUAAUAAACUGAACGAACGAACACAGAUAUUUGGUGUUUGUUUGUUCGUCUGAAAUUUCUAUUCAUUCCUUCGUCUUUCUGACUAAUAAAUAAAUAGAUGAAAUUCCCGUCCGAAUUUCGGACAAUAGUAAAUGCCCAAGUGUUUAACUGGGCAUGCCUGGGAAUUUCACAGCGCUAUCUAGUGUGGGCAGAUGACGUGUCCCACAGAUGGUGGUGCCCAGGACCUAUGUCCGGGCAUAAAAUAAUCAUGAAAAAAUAGGUAAUAUGGGGGCUUUGGGGGGACAAUUAGAUGUAGUGGAAUCAGGAGGGGGUAAAAAAUAAAUUUAAAAAAACUGGAUUCGUCUAUGACAGUGCCGCUUUACCACUGAAAUAGACUGUAGUGGUCGUGUUGUAUAAAGAAGUGUUUCUUUAAGUGCAGUUGCCAGGGUAUGCCAGUCUUGCUAUAGUAAUGACACAUUCCUAGUAAAGCGAUGUUUCCUUCUCAUAAAACAAAGUAGUCUUGUAAUACUUGUGUGGUAAUCCUUUACUAUUUUCAGUAUAUGGAUUGCCUUGUGUAAAAUCACUUUGUUUUAAGUUUAGAUUGUUUUAUUUUACAGCGUCAGAUAUUCCUCAAGUUCUUGCUGUGGCUAAUGAAGAAGGCAUUGUUCGGUUGUAUGACACUGAAUGCCAAGAUACCAAGAAACUGGUUGUGAAAGGUGAGCCUUCUUCAACAUAUUUUCUUAUUCAGUUUAUUCACUUUUAAAGAAAUUGUUGUCCAUAACAAGCUCCUUAUAUAGCUUUUUUUAUUAUUUUUUUAUCGCAAAGUAACUCCAUCUAUACACUGCACUGUUGAAUUAUAGUAGAUGCAUAUAUGUGAAAUUAUAAAAAGUUAUAUAACCCACAUCCUGUUCCUGGAUUUGCACAGAAGUUGCCACUUUGAAGUUCACCACGUAACCUUGCAACCCCCUUGAACUGUCCCAAAUACUGUGUACUCAGAUCAGAUAUAGUGGUGUGUUCACCCACAGAAGAUCUGUGCUUUUAUGUUCUCUGGCACCUAAAUUAAUCUCAAAGCCAGUUCUAUCAUGCAUAGCAAUCCAGAGUGACACAUAUAUCUUGCAUAUAUUAUCUUAAUGUAAAGUAUUACUGCAGAGAAAGGUGUAUUUCCUUAUCCUUUUUUGGUAAUUUACUUAUUUCUAAAUCCAGCAUGCACAGAUUAUGGUUCAAAUAAAAUACAAAUAUCAGUAUGUCACCCAGGUUUAUAGCAACGUUACAAAUUACUUAGAAUACAUGUUCAGCUGUAUUAUUGUUGUUAUUAUUAUAAACACACUAAGUUGCAUUUGGCUCAAAGGUGUAUAAUUUAUUUUACUCUUUAUUUAGAAUGGAUGGCCCACACAAAUGCGGUUUUUGACAUUGCUUGGGUUCCCGGAGAACACAAAAUUGUAAGUAACAUCUGCUUUUAUUUUAUCAAUAUGUUUUAACAAAAUGUGUGAGUAAAUUCCCGCAGUAGGAAGUUUUGCAGACUUGAUGAUUGUCUAGUUUUGUUUUAUGCACAUGUUUACCUAAAGUCAAUUUUUUAUAUCUUUAGCGGCCUCCCUUUGCAACUUUAUAAUGUUACAUGUAAGUCUAGUUUUCUCUUUAUUUCCAAAGCACAGAUAACGGAUUUAAACUUUUAAGGUAAAAAUAGCUUUUCUAAAUGUGUAUCCCCCACACCACCACAACCUCAACCUGUUUUCUGAGUUUGUGAUGCAUCUCUUUUCAGGUUACAGCUUCAGGGGAUCAGACCGCUAAGCUUUGGGAUGUGAAAGCUAGUGAGGUCAUCGGAGUGUGCAGAGGACAUCAAUGUAGCCUGAAAUCUGUUGCUUUCUCGAAGUUUGAAACAGGUAUCCGUAAUUUUAUUGCAUAUUCAUGAGCACCACUGACUGUAUUUGGUUAAUUCCUUGUUCAUAUUUAUUUUUCUUAAUAAUUAAAAUGCUUUGAAAUCAUCAACAUAACAUCACUUUGCUAUUUCCCCAUUCAUUGAAUGCUCAUAGAGUACAGAUCUAUAUCAUAUAAGUUGUAUUUUUUUUUAAAUUUGUUGUAAACAAUUAUGUCUUGGAAAUGUCUUUAAAGAGCUACUAGAACAUCUUUUUUCUCUCCCUCCAUGUAUUUGAUAUGUUAUCCCGCCCUCUUCCCUAAAAUGAGUAAAUAAGAUCUAGUUAAGAUCUCUCCUUUUUGAAUUGUUUUGGUAUUUAAUCAAGCUUCUUGUACAGUAUUAACAGGGAGUGACUAUAUUUCUCACUCUGUUACAGAGACACUCUAAGCACCUAACCCAAUACAUCUUAAUGCAUUGGUUUUGGUGCAAAGACUUUUCCUUUCAGUCUGACUAAUGUAAAUUUUGCCAUUCCUGUGAGAGAGCACACACCCCUAUUGACUGUCUGAGAUCACACCUCUAGUGCUGGUCAGAGAGAGAGAGACAUUCUAAAACACCUCUAGUGGCUGUCAUUAACACCUUCAAAUAGGUGUUUGCUUGCAGCAUUGUCACCUCCAGCAUGAAUAUCAUGAACACUGCUAAUUCUUCUCAUAGAGAAGCAUUGGGAUUAUAAGAAGCUUCUGAAUAGUGCAGCAGUGAUUGCUGCACAUGCGCUAUAGCUCCUGAUGCUUCUUUGUCAUUACUAUUGGAUUGUGAUGGAAAUGAUCAGUACUAUUGAUCUCACAGACCAAGUGGCUGCCACGACAAGAGCAAGACGGCACUAAGCACUAAACGGCACUAAAGGUGAGUUUAGUUUUUAAAGAGGGCCCUAAAUCUAAAAGUUAAAGUGAACACUCAAACAUAACUAGAGUUUGCAGAAAGGGUUGUGGCUUUAUAUCAAGAAAAUAUUUUUUCCUAUCUGAAACUUCCCUACAUAACACAGACUAAUUGUUGCAGUGGCCUAGGACAUUGAUUUUUGCCUGAUUACUAAGCAUCUUGAUUUUCUUGUGUCUUAGUAUUUCUAUGUGCUACACUGUAAACCCCUUUUUUUCAGUAGAGAUAACUGUGUAUUUUAUUUUCUGUGCAGCUGUGUUCAGCACUGGUGGGAGAGAUGGAAACAUCAUGGUCUGGGAUACACGAUGCAACAAGAAAGGUAAUUUAUUCACUCUGGUAUUACAGUUCUGAUUUUAUGAAUCAUUUUUAUACGUCUGCAAACAUUUAUUGAAACUGUAAAAUAGCAUUUUGGAACAUGUUACAAUGUAUUUCUGUAUGUGUAUUGUAGAUGGUUUUUAUAGACACGUGAACCAAAUAGCCGGGGCUCAUAAUGCUCUGGAAAAGCAAACGCCAUCUAAAACAUCAAAGAAGAAGAAGCCAGCUAUCAGAGGACUCGCUCCGUCUGUGGUAAAUAAAUGUUUUUGUUUAAAUGUUGGAAUUAUGCAAAAUGUACUAUAUCUAAACCUGGUGAACUUCUGAAUAAAUAUCAUCCUCCAAUCCUAGUGCCAUUCACUUUUUUUAGAUUUAUUUUUCUCUUUACCACUGUCCCCUCCAGUGUUCUUGUUUGUGUUCAGUAUUCAAAGUAAAAGCGUGUGGGCGGACUAGUUUUAGUUUGUUUUUUUUUUUGUUUGUUUAUAUAUAAUGAAUUUGGUUUAAUGUUUAAUGAUAAACAGAAAGCACUAUAAAAAAUGUUCUGGAAAAACAAUCACCUUUUUUUUUUUUUCCUCUAGGAUUUUCAGCAAAGUGUGACUGUAGUAAUCUUCCAAGAUGAGCAAACAAUUAUUUCUGCAGGAGCAGUUGAUGGGUAAGUUGGACACUGACAACUUCAUAUGAACCUGUAGAAUUAUUCCAUUUCCCCUUUAGCAUAUGCCAUUUAUGACAAAAUGAUAGAUACAAUUUAAAGAGAAGAAAUCCAUCUGUAGGUAAAAAAAAAAAAAGUCAACCCCAGAUGGAAAAAUAACCUUUUUCUUUCUCAGAUUUGGUGUGUUUUAUUUCACACUUUAGACAGCCUUUUUUUGUUCGUCAAUAAAUGUAAACCUCUUGUUACAUCCUAGCAUUGUGAAAGUGUGGGACUUGAGAAAAAAUUACACUGUAUACAGACAAGAUCCAAUACCGUCUAAAAUCUUUCCCUAUCCUGGAAAUAGUACACGAAAACUCGGUAUGUAUCUGUUUCUUUUACAAACUUUAUGUUGGUGUGUAUGAUAACAUGAUAACCGAGCACUCAAAUUACCAUAAACAAUACAGGCCACUGCAGUGGUUAUGUAGCCAGGAGUGACCUGGUGCUAUUUCAGUAUAACUGUCAAAAUGUUUUGCUUGGUUUAACACUUACCUGGGUUGUGCUGCUUGUCUGCUCUGCUUUUAGUCUUGUGGAACAAGAGAAGCUGGAUUCUGAUACAGGUGUUCAUUGAGUGGCAUAGAGCAUGAGCCAGUGAAAAGGUUAAAUGUAUUUUUGUAUUGAAUAAACAAUCGUUUCUCCAGCUUUGAGAAUACUGAAAGCAGAGCGUGUGCAUUGCAGGAUUGAGGCAAGUGUCAAACUGUGCUAAAGCAGUUUGAUGGAGUAUGCUAGAUUGGUGCCAGGAUACUCCUGGCUAGUGCAGGCUGUAGUGGUUAUGGUUCUUAUUGUUCAUCUAAUAUGUGCAAUCCUAGUAGUUUAAAGAAUAAGAAUUUUUUUUAAUUCUAUUCUAUGUACAUAACUGCUCACCUUUUUAUUUUUUGCAUUGAAUCAGACACAUCUAUUAGAGAAACAAUGGAUGUAGACUAUCUUUUUGCAUGCUGCAUUAUAUUAUUUAAUCUAAUUGCGCAGGCUGCCCCUGAAUGCUAUGUGUGUGACAACCACUAGUUAGGUGUGACUUCUCCGAAAUAGUACUGUUUUAAUUUGCAAGGCUACAGGGGCUGUAGAUUAAGUGAUUUGAGAGCCAAGACAGUCCCUUUAAAUAUAGCAAGCUAAAUGUCAAAUAAUUAUAAACAUUUGACAUAUGUUUUCAGAAAGUGGCUACUGACCUGGGACAGUGCAAGAUGUGGGAGUUGUUUUCUCUCUGUUACCAUAAAAGGGAUUGGUCAUCAAAGCUCUAGUCUAAACUCCAACAAAUGGGUUCUAUAAUUACUGGUUCAACUUGAUCUCUGCUCUAAUGCUGAUCAUUAUGUUACUGAGAAAGUAUAUAGCUUUUAGCUGCUGACUGGUGGGUUACCAUUAUUUCUAUUUAUAUUAUGUACAACAAAUUUGUGAAGGAAGAUAACUUAAUAGAAAUAUUACUAGUCUUAAUUUUGAACCCUUUCAAUACAAUAUAAGACAAAAAAAUUUAAAACAACCUAUGGUGACCCAUGCCUCUUAGCCUACAUGGGUUGUUGCAAACAUUGCUGUGCUUAUACAGCUCAUCCUCCAUUUACCACCAUUUCUCACUUUUUAGUAGCAUGUUCACUUACCUGGCAAUAAAUUUUAUUUAUUUGCUUUGUCAGGAUAUACCAGCCUUGUAUUGGACUCAACUGGAACAAAUUUGUUUGCAAAUUGCACUGAUGACAAUAUCUACAUGUUUAAUGCAACAGGACUGAGGUCUGACCCAGGUGAGACACUACUUUUAAAGACUGUAUUUUCAUGUACUGGCACAUUCCCAGAGGAUCCUGUUAGGUUACAUCACAGAUAAACAUUCCGUUUCCAUCCAUGAAUUUUAUUUCCAAUAUUUUUUUCUGUGCUUUUUUUUUUUUUUUUUUUUACAGGAUUAGUAAAGGGCUCCAUGCAAGGGGGGUAAUUACAUUCCAUUCAACCUUGAGUACAAUUGGAACCCAAUAAACUUGAGUACAUGUAAAUGUUUAGUAUGUCUAAAUGUAGUUCGUGACAGAGAUAAUAUGUAAUUGAACAAUGAAAUGUCAAUUACCUUUGUCCUGUGGUUAAAAACACCCAUCAUUAACUCCAUGGAGCUAACUGAAAAGUGGAAAGAAAUACUCCAUUGCUCUCAGAUUGGCAGCCUGGGGAGCUGUUUCUGGCAUGAUUUAUAAAAAUGGCAAUUUCAAAUGGAAAUCAAAACUCUUAUACACUGCAAUUUAAUUGAGAUGCUCCUUACACACAGCACUUAAGCAAGCUGAAGUUUUUGGUGUCCUUGGUAAGGCCACUGACAGCAGGUGUAAGUUUCUUUUGCCUUAAAUAAUUAGCUGCUGUUAACUUAUGUGUUUGGCAUACUGGAGUUUAUUCACUAAAUACCCAAUUGCAAAAUCUCUCUUUAGAAAAAUUCUCCAACUCCGACCUAGUCACAGCUUUGCCAUUUUAAAUUAAAUUGUGUAAUUUGGUUUUCAGUUUACUAAAAUUCUGGGUUUGGCGAAUUGCUGCACAAUGCUCCCAAGUCAGAACAAAACAUGAGCCAAUGCCACCUCUUAGGUCAAACAAGGGCUGUAAGAUUUUAGAAAAACAAAUGAGAUGGGUGUAAAAAGAUUUAUCUUAUCAUACUGACAUGCACUUGUAGGAAAGAAAAACAAAUCUUUUUGUAUUUAAUAAUGCAAUAUAAAAAUCUGCUUGAUUUACAUUUACUCUUGAUUUUUGAAAUCUAGUUCACUGUGCACGAACAAUCCUAGACAGGAGAGGGCGCCUGACACUGUAUUGUAUAAAUGUAGCUCUAAGUUUUGACACUGUCUUAACAUGUAAACUCUCGGAGGUAUGAUUAGUGAGUUUGGUGUCAUGGCUCUGCAGGAAUGUGAAGCUGUGAACUCUGCUGAAUUGUUUUAUGAUACAGGAAUUCCUUAGCUGGGCAGAGCAUGUAAAAAUGCGGCUAACUUACUAUGUUUUAAGGCUGGGUUUUUCUUCACCACUUCCUGUGUAUGCAUUGCAAGACUCAUUUACCUUUUGUGCUUCUGGCAAUGUUGAGUUUUCAGAAAUUUAAAUACGCAUGUUUGCCUGCCUUUGUCCAUCAAAAUGUGCUUUUAGUAAUAUGCAUGUUUUCCAUUUGACCCAUUUUACUUCUUUAAUGCGAUUUAUUUUUUUCCUUUAAGAGUGUUUUGUAGAAAAGUGUUUGCUCACCCAUUUCACGGGAAUGUGACUUAUGUAUGUCUGAGUUGGGAAUGUGUAAAAUAGGGAAUGAUGGCCACUUUUUUUGUAUGGGGUUAUUUCAGCUGAAGUGCAUGAAGGCAAUUACUUAGACUUGCUUCUGUGCAGGUGGUGGGUUUAUUUACAUGGAACUGCAGAGCGUGCUGCAUCGCAGGGUCAAUGGCAAGAUGUAACAGUGUUCACAGAAAUAGAGUUUAAAGGACAGAAACUUUCAUUUGUACAGAUUAAUAUUUUUUCCAUUUGACAAUUUGUAUUGUUUUUUUUUUUUUUUAUAUCAAACCACUAUUAUUUAUAUAGUGCCAGCUUAUUCCGCAGCGCUUUACAAAAAGAGGGGAAUUUACCAAAUGAGACAAUCACUAAAUUUAGCAGGAACAAUAGGUAGUUCAGGACCCUGCUCAAACAAGCUUACAGUCUAGAGGAGGUGGGGAAUAAAAACACAAUAGGAAGGGUAUUGAGGGAGAUCAUGGUGGGAAAGUAGCAGGAGUGGAGUGUGGCCCGUUAGGAGAGAGCAAGAGGAAGGUUUGAGAGAUAGAAGUUACUCUUGGAGAUCAUAAGCAUUCCUGAAAAGAUGGGUUUUGAGGUACUUCUUAGAUGAUUGAAGACUAGGGGAGAGUCUGACAGGGGUAGGCAGGCUGUUCCAAAGGAAAGGAGCUGCCCGUGAGAAAUCUUGCAGGCAUGAAUUUGCAGUAAGGGUGUGUGCAGCAGACAGGAGAAGGUCACCAGUAGAGCGGAGCGAACAAGAGGGGGCAUACCUAUGAAUCUGCGAAGAAAUGUAAGAGGGGCUAGAGUUGGUUAGAGCUUUAUAGGUAAAGGUUAGUUUUUUGUUUUUUUUUUCUUCUUAUUUGCGUUUUGAGUUUUCACACAAGGGGUCAAGGAGAGAGUUGGAAUUGAGGAAGCAAGUCAGACGGGUAAAGACAAGUCUUUCCAAAAGCUUUGAGGAGAAAGGGAGCAGGGAUAUGGGACGAUAGUUGGAAGGGGAGGUUGGGUCAAAAGAUGGCUUUUUGAGGACAGGUGCAACAGUAGCCUGUUUAAAGGGAGCUGGGACAACACCGGAAGAAAGAGUGCAGUUGAAGAUGUUCGUUAACGACUUCCCUAGACGAGGGGCGUGAGAUCUGAUGAGGUGGGACAGGAUUGGUUUAAGUGGACACGUGGUGGGACAAGAGGAAAGGAGAAGCACAGCCACCUCCUGUUCAGUAGCUGGAGAGAAGUCUUGGAGGAUAGGGAUGGUAUGGUCCAAGUGAGGUUGAGAUAGUAGUGGAGAGAAUUAAUUCCUUAAGUGUUUAAUCUUGUCAGUAAAGUAACAUGCAAAGCUAUCAGCUGAAAGAUUCGUUUGUGGGGUGGCCACAGCAGGGCAAAGAAGAGAGUUAAAGGUAUUAGAGAUGACUAGGAUUGCAGGAACAUGAACUAAUGAGAGAAGAAAAGUAAGACUGUUUAGCAAGAGUGAGGGCUGUGCUGUAUGAACGCAAGAAAAAUGUAUAGUGUAGAAAGUCUGACAUGGUGUGAGACUUCCUCAAGCAGCAUUCAGCUAAACCAGAGCAUCUCUGCAGGUAGCAUGUUGACUUAGUGUGCCACAGAUGGAGGCACGCCCUCCUUGAGGUGCGUGCUUGGAGCAGGGCUGCAGCGUCUAGGGUAGAGGUGAGGGUAGCGUUUUACGAGGAGAUAGCUGGAGAGGGUAGGGAUGGAUGAGAGUUCAGAAUGGAAAUCAGUCAAGAGCUGCUGGAGAUCAAGAUAAUUCAAAUUCCUCCUGAGUUCAGGGGGAUUAAGUUGAGCAUAUUGGGUGUGGGGGCACUCAAUAACAAAUGUUAGGAGGUGGUGGUAUGAUAGAGGAAAUGGAGUAUUACAGAGAUUGAAAACUGAGCAUGCAUUUGAAAAAGUAAAAUCUAGGGUAUUGCCAGCUACAUGUGUGAGAAUUAGCCUAUUGCGAUAGCCCAAAGGAGGUGAUUGAAAUAAAUUUUGAGGCUACUGAGGACAAGGGUGGCUUAAUGGGAAUGUUGAAAUCCCCAAGAAUUAGGGAUGGGAUAUUGUUUGAAAGGAAGGAAGAAAUCUAGGCAGCAAAAUGGUCAAGGAAGACACGAGGAGAACCAGGGGGCCGAUCUACCCAGAUAAAUCAUUUGGGGUUACAUUAUUGUUAGUUGUCUAGGUGAUUAGCACUUUGUCCUAUGAUUGAAUAGAUCUUGGUCUCUACCCUCUAGGAGCUUAAUUUGUUUCUGAAACAGGCAUGCGAUCAUUUAGAACAAGUAAACAAAUGGCUAAACACAAAUUGUGGGUUAAAGGGUGGGUAUACCACUCCUCCACACAUUCUCUUGUGUUCAGGUUCUCAUUAUGUUCCAUCUCUGUCUGGGUAUCCAUAUGCCCUUGCUUUAUAUGGCCAAUUUCAGGAUAUCUCCUGGAAAACGCUCCAUGCGAGUGGGGUCCUGUUAGAUUUCCAGAGCCUGACUAUUAGGGUGUUAGCUUUAAUGAUAACCAGAUACGUCGGCUUUAGGGAUAAUUUAGUCAUAUCACUUGGAUACAUAAGAUAGACUUUGCUAAGGUGUAGAUUUGAUUUAAUACUACCAGAAGAUAUCCUUGUAAUAUAUCCUCGUCUAAAACUUACACUAACUCUGUAAGUCAGGUGAGAUUGUCUUUUUGACAAAAUAAUACACAGAAGGUAAAUUGUGGAGCUUGCAUUACUUUGAUGAAAUAUUGUUGAUAUAGGUUGAAUCUUUUGGAUUACAUCACAUUUAGAAAGGUAUAACUGCCAUCUGUUGCAAAUUCUAAGCACCUAACAUUUCACAAAUAUUGUUGACACAUAUGGCUAAUAUGAGACAACAGUCAAUCUUUUAUUUAAGUUUUAUUUUCGUCUAUUCUAAUCUUCUACCCUCAUGAUCACACUUCAGUUAUAAGCUCAUUAUUACAAGCAUCUAAAACUACACUGAUAUACACAUUUGCUCUGUAUCCUACGAUGUAACUGUUCCUCCUUUGUUCCUUUAUUUAUUAGUGUCUGUCUUCAGUGGCCACCAGAAUUCCACUUUUUAUAUCAAGUCCAGCGUUAGUCCUGAUGGUCACUUUCUGCUGAGUGGAUCCAGUGACUCCAGUGCAUACAUCUGGCAGGUACGUCACAUGUGUUGUGUUGUAUAAUGGAAUUCAAAGCAUGUGCAAGGAAGACAUUUUAUGUUUCAUGAUAUAUCUACUUGUCUUUCUGACCAUUAUUACGCAGCUAUAAAUUCAGUGGUCCUUGCAAACUUAUUUAAUAAUCAGUAGUGCUGGCAACAGAGUUAUUUGUGUGUGUGUAAGUAGAGGCAAGUCAAGUUCCUGGAGCACAGUCUGACAAAUCAAAAACCAUCUUAUUUCCCUUAACAUCUUGUGGAGUUGGGAGUCUUUAAAGGGAUUCUAUGGUGUUAGAAAUACAAGUUUUUAAAAGGGUUUUAAAAAUAAAUGCUUUAUUUACUCACACAGUGUCCCUCUGUGCUCUGCCAACAUCAUCUGAUGGGGGGGAUCUCAUGCAUGGCAAGGGUGUUUUAGACCCCCCCCUCCAUAGGAAAGCAUUGCCUCUCCUCUGGUGGCUGUGUGACACAGCCACUGGAGGCAGUCUUGGUCUUGCAAGAUAAUUAUUGCAGUUUCUCAAAAACUGCAUUAAUUUACAUUGCAGGACUAAGUGCAACAGGAACACUGCACCCAGAACACUUCAAUAAGAUGAAGUGAUAUGAAUGCCUGUCUUGGGAAGUGUACGUGCUUGACACCCUGGAUUUAACACAAUAUGCUACAGCUUUAUUCUGUAGAUUAGUGAAUGGGCAGUUAACUGGAACUGAUUGACUCUAUAGAACGUACACUUAAGGUGGUUUCAGUAGCUAUGCUAAUAUAUGAUUCAUAUGCUCACUUGCUAAAGGCAUGCAAGUCAGUGAUUCAAAUUCACUAGAGCUCAAAAUAUUCCUCUUUAGAAAGGGGAUACUGGUUUCAUUAUAUCCAAUAAAUGGAAGAUUGUAAAUUAUUGCACAAAAUACUAAAUAAUGUGAGCAGAAUUUCUAUCUUUACUGUUUUCGAAGUACAGAAUGCCAUGGCAGUUAAUAUUUAUUAUUGGCCACAAAAGUACUGUUUAUUGCUUUUUCUUUAAUUAGUUUUGUAUUGCCACAGUUUUGUUACUUUCAUUGAGCGAUUUGUAUGUACAUUCUCACGGUAUGGAUCAAAUGGACCUUCUAGAUUGAAUCUCUUCCAUUCUAAAUAAAUAUAUUUAUUUAUUUAUGUAACUAACUAUGUAAUCUCUAUAUCACUGUGCUUUGUUUUGAAAUGCUUGUCAAAGAUUAGAUUAAAGUUUAUCAAACCUUUAUAAACCGUUUGGGAUCUGUAGCAAUUGUUGCCAUGAAUCAGCAUGCUUUUCUCUACACUUCUAGUAGGUUUGGGGUUUAAAAUGUAGUUACCAUUCAUUACAAUGACACUGUUACCACAUUUAAAAAAGGGUUGUAAUAGCGCAGGUUAUUUUUCUACAUUAAUCAGCUGAUGGUAGAUGCAAGGUAGUAUAAAACAUAUUGUCAAACUGUAUAGAGUUCAAGGGUGACAUACAAGCAUUAGUUAUAAAAUAAAUGAAAUGAACUAAUAAAAACUUUGUGAAAGAAAGUAAAGAUGUGGAGACAGUUGUUCGAUAGUAGCAUAGCUUAUAAUGUGCAGUGUCAUUGCAGCUGUAACUGCCUUCAAGGCAUUAUGGAUUCUUCUAUCACUGGCUGAGGAUAAUAAUGACAGUUACAGCACAUUGAAGGUUGUUAUCACACUAAGCACUCUUAACCGUAGCUUCAGGACAAUAAUGAUGCUAUUUUUAUUUUGAACCCUUUUUUUUUUUUUUACUUUCUCUAAUCUAUAAAUGUCGACCAUUUUUAAUUAACUCACUGCCAGUGUCAUUCUGAUUAAUACAUAUAAUAGGAUAAAUGGUUAUUGUCAUGGCAUGCAGCCUUGUUAAUGAGAUGUAAGCGCCAAUACUCAUCUUUUUCUUUCUGUGGUUAAAUAAAGACAUGUUUGCGGAGUCCAGUGACCUUCCCUAACCUAGUAACUCAGGGUGGGCAUCUCGGAUGUGGAACAAAUGCAGCUCCUUCUCGCCCCCACAGCAUACACUAAUUGCAUGGUAAUGGCUUUCACACAUCUAUUAAACGAGUCAUGAGUCACACUGCACAUUGCUUCAGUGUAUAGGUGAUCUGCUUUAAGUAAGAAGGCAGAUAUCCUUUUUUGAAAGCAUUUGCCAUUGAUCUGUGUUAAGCCUAAACCAGAAAUAUAUUCUGGCAGUCUUUGCAAGAAGUUAAAACUUUUAAAUUUGGAGCUAAAAUGUGAACCUCCGUAUCUACAAGCAUUCCUAAUCUAAAAUGUAUUUAUUGUUCUUUUGUUUAUUCAAGGGGUGUUUUUUUUUUUUUCUCUCUUUAAAAGGAUUACAACUGCCGUAGAUGCAGCUGGCGCACUACAUAAAGUACUGUGAGGAAGUGGGUAGUGUUAGGUUUAUAUGCAAACCGAUUUUGAAAAACUGAGGAGCUUUAUGCCAGUGCUUGGAAAUAGAAACUUUUCAUUUACAAGCUAAAGAUAAUGACCACUGUUCCAAAAAUGUAAUUGUUUAAUCUUAAUCCAAAUGUAAGUUGUUUGUAUAAUUCUAGUUGGGAUGGAUAGUGCUUGUUAUGAUAAAGUAUGCACAUUUUGCAGAGGAAACUGAUUUUGUUGUGUAGACAUGAAUUUUCUUUUAAUAGAUAUAGCUAAUUCCUGAACUUGUUUAAAGAAACACUCUAGGCACUGUAACUGCUUCAUCUCAUUGAAGUGGUUAUAGUCUGUGGAGUAGCCUGGUGAAUUCCCUCUGUUCAGUGUUUAACUGUUUUGGGGGGAGGAGGGGGUUGUGUGGUUGUUUUUUUUUUUUUUUAUGUUUUAGAUUUUUUAGAAUACUAUAAUAAAAAUGUCAUUAAUAACCGCAUAUAAAAUGAUUAAAAGCAUAAUAAAUUAGGCAGUUACAAAUAUCACGUAGCCUUAUGAAACUCAACAAGGGUUACAUAUAUUGUUCACAAACUAAGAGAGGUCCAGAGAUAACACAAUUGGCAAAUGGAUAGUAAGCAAAUGAGUUGUUGUCACUACCAGAUUAUGACAUUUUGGAUGAUACCUUGACAGAAUCCAAAGAUCUAAGAACUUGAAUCCCAAAAGUCAGACAGACCGGCUCCGAUAGUGGGACGAUGAGGGUGGCUUAAACGGGGUUUAGUGCUAAACAAAUGUCAUUGGCAGCUGUGUUGUGCCAUUCCUGCUCAGACUAACAAGCAUUAAUCUACCUUUGCAGCAAUGGGCACCUGUGAUUGGUUGAGAGAGUCUAGCUGACUGCUCACAGCUGCCUAUUGCUCCCUUUAAAAAUACUGUGAGAUUUGUAUGUACCUUUCAAUCUACUCAACUUUUAUUUUGCCUAAGACUGUUGGUCUGACAGCCACUAGAGGAAGUUCCUCAUUAAAGGACCACUCUAGGCACCCAGACCACUUCAGCUUAAUGAAGUGGUCUGGGUGCCAGGUCCUUCUAGGGUUAACCCAUUUUUUCAUAAACAUAGCAGUUUCAGAGAAACUAUGUUUGUGAAUGGGUUAAGCCUUCCCCUAUUUCCUCUAGUGGCUGUCUCAUUGACGGCCACUAGAGGCGCUUGCGUGCUUCUCACUGUGAUUUUCACAGUGAGAGCACGCCAGCGUCCAUAGGAAAGCAUUGUAAAUGCUUUCCUAUGAGACCGGCUGAAUGCGCGCGCAGCUCUUGCCGCGCGUGCGCAUUCAGCCGGCGGGGCGCAACGGAGGCGGAGAGGAGGAGGAGAGCUCUCCGCCCAGCGCUGGAAAAAGGUAAGUUUUUACCCCUUUCCCCCUUCCAGAGCCGGGCGGGAGGGGGACCCUGAGGGUGGGGGCACCCUCAGGGCACUAUAGUGCCAGGAAAACGAGUAUGUUUUCCUGGCACUAUAGUGGUCCUUUAACGACUUCAUGUUGGGUGUGAUCGUACAAAGUAUAGUGACAUCAAACACUGCUGAUGUUUCUCAUAGAGAAGUAUUGGACUGUCAAAUUGCAGCAAUUGCUUCUCAUAGGGCAUAGGUCCCAAAUGUUUUGCAUGAGAAGCAUUGGAUUGGACAUAGAUCAUCAGUUCUGAUCAACUCAAAAGACUGCGCAACUGCUGAAAGGAUAGUGGCCUGCUACCGGCGGCUUUACACAUUUAAUUUUAAAAUGGUGAACCAAAUAAAUAAACCAAAAUAUGAAAUCGUCAAUUUUGUAAAAAUGUUUAAUAUAUAUAUAUAUAUAUAAUAUUUUAUUUUUUUGACGUUUUGUUCUUGGUCGAAUUAAGCUUCCUGUUUUAGAUGCAUUUUGAGUUUUGUUGGUAGGUAAUCUUGUGGUUAAUUUGUUUCCUUUAUAUACAUCUGUAUAUAAAGCUACUUUUUAAGCCUUCGUCUAAAGAGGAAAUUAUAAAAUGUCUUCAUAGUAGGCUAAUGCAAAUACAACUUAAAAUUGAUGGCUUUUGCCCCCAUUCAGUCUGUUUCCAUUAUUGGUCAUCCUUUCAACUGCCUGAGGAUUCUGAGCUAAAUCUGCGACAUAUUUACGAUUAGCAUGUCUGCCAGAAAGUAUAGGCAUAGAGCCUGGCUGGUUUCUGAGCUGUCAUGUUUACCACUAUGCUAGAUAUUACUGUUAGAGAUGUCGCGAACUGUCCACCGGCGAACAAUAGCGUGUUCGCGUUGGGCGAACAUAUCCGAUUUCCGGUCCGCCCCUAUACGUCAUCAUUGAGUAAACUUUGACCCGGAACCUCACAGCCAGCAGACACAUUCCACCCAAUCAGCAGCAGACCCUCCCUCCCAGGAAGUGUCUGCUGACUGUGAGGUUCCAGGUCAAAGUUUACUCAAUGAUGACGUAUAGGGGGUGGACCGGAAAUCUGAUAUGUUCGCCCAACGCGAACACGCUAUUGUUCGCCGGCGGACAGUUCGCAACAUCUCUAAUUACUACCUGUAUUUUGUGUCUGUUUCUGACCAUGAUCUGUCUUGGUUCAUAAUGUUUUUCAUACCAGUGAAAAUCUCUUUAAAAUGCCUGGAGCAAAGUAAAAAUUGGUAUUUAAAUAGAAAAUGUUUCAGUGUUUCUUAGGCUAGCUGUAUUUAUCAAAUGAGUUAAAGUUACAAAGUGCACUGACAAAUUACUCAUAAAUAUCACAUAAUGCUGAACUACCUCACCUGGUGAAUUUUCACAGGCAAAAAAUUGAUCUCUUGCAGAAACUGAAUGUCCUCUUAACCAAUAAUUUGCUAGAUUUAACGAACAUGUGUGUCAUACAGGAUUGUUCACUAAAACCCCAUGUGGGGAAUGCAUAUGCAAGGUGUGUCGGUCACAAUAAAUGACAAAGGUUGUGUAGAAAUCUUCUGCAAGAUUUAUUAUUGGUUAUAUCCUAAAGACACCCCUAUACAAAGUGCAUGCAUUUGUAUUAGUAAUUUGUUACGAUUAUUUUUUUUUUAUUUUUUUUUUUCACAUUUAAUUUGUAGGUUCAACAAUAAAAUCUUGCAUGUUAUUGUUUAGUUUUUGGAUGAUAAUGCAUUGGCAAAAACCAAAAGUAGUAAAUACUCACUGGAUUGUUCAUCUAACACAAUGUUCUCUCCUAAUCUGCCUGCCUGAAGAGAUGUAUAUAUCCUAACUUGUUAGCUGAUGCCUUUUUGUUUUCUAUUUUCAGGUGUCGGAUCCCCAGGUUGCUCCAGUAACAUUGCAGGGACAUAGUCUGGAAGUUACCUCUGUUACUUGGUGCCCAUCGGACUUCACAAAGGUAUUUGUAGAUCUUUAUGAGACUAUGUCCUGUGAUGCUCUUUUGGAUGAAGUGUGUAAUUAUUUUUUGAGCUAUUCCAAUUUGCUUUUUAGCAUCAUGCAAUGCAGUAAUGAUUUUUAAUUCAGCUCUGCAGUAACUGCAGCUGGGGGACCUAAUUUCCCCAUGGCUAAAGGACAUGCUUUGCAUUUAGAUUUUUAAUGUAUAUAUUAUCGGAGGACUGAUGUGUAUUAUCUGCAUAAAAGCUUGUAUUAAAAAUGGAACCACUGAUAUUUUCACGUUUUGUCAAACUAACAAUUUUGAAAAAACUUUUUUUUUUUUUUUAUUCUUUAUUUUUUCGCAGUCAACUUGUGACAUUCAAUAAAGCAUAACAUUGCGGUUAACCAUUUACAUGCGGUUGGUAGAAUAUCAAUGUAGCCUGCGGUUUUUUAUUUAUUUAUUGUAAUGUAGCGUGUUACUGCCAUAUACCUGCCUCCACUGGUCGUGGUAGUGGGGGUAGAUGUCUAAGGCAUGUAUGGCUGUUCGUUAGCAAAAAUGAGUGAGAAGUUGUGUGUCUCUAGAGUGGACAAGACGUUAUAGGAGUGCAGCUCCACAUGGUUGAGUGGGUGUUAGUGGAUACUAGCGUGGGGCUAGAGGGGGGGAUGGGUAGGUGGUCUUUAGGGAGCCUGUGUUCCCGGGUUAAUCCCAGUUGCGGCUCAUUUAGGUUUGUCUGGUGGGAAAGAUGGUUAUGGUCCUUCCCUGCUUGUGUUGUAUAUAAUGCGUAGCAUUUAAGUGUUGUCUGAGUAAAGGAAAAUACAAUAAUAACUAAUAAGUUAUGCUGUGCUAACUGUGCAUCUGUAAGAUGCUGGCCCCAUGAGGCACUUAUGUCGUAAUAGGUGAGAAAGCAAGGUUUAAACGAAAAUAAACAGAGAAAAUAGUCUCCAGAGUCAAGUAUUUGCUCGGCUGGGUAAACUCCUAUUGGCCGGGAUGAACGGGAUAGCAUUAGCCAGGUCCCAAGCUGUCGGUGCAGACGUUGCGGUGUGGUCAGUUGCCUUGAUCUCCGAUGCCUCAGUCACCCUGAUCUCUGUGUUCUGAUGCUGGAUGAGUAGCAUUCGUGUCGGGCCCCAGCGGUAUUUGAGUCCCUUUGACGAUAAUAUGGAUGUGAGGGGACGUAGUGUUUUUCACCACUGUAGGGUCUGGUGGGAGAGAUCGGAAUAGAAGGUGAUAUCCAUCUCCUCGAACCGGAACGGGGGUUUGCCUCGUACUGCGCUCAUAACUGCUGUCUUGUCCUGGCCAUUUUGAAAUUUGACCAGUAUGUCGCUGGUGUUGGAGGCUGUGGCUGAGGGAGGCCUGGGGAGCCGAAACAUCCCAUCCAGUGUAAUGCCCCUGGCUUGUUUGGGAGAGAGAAGGGCUGUGAAGAGCCUGUGCAAGCAGUGUGGUAAUUCUGCCUGGGUGAUAUUGUAUGUGAGACCCCUGAUUUUCAGGUGUUUCCACCUUCUUCUAUCCUCCAUGGCUGCAAGCUGGUGGCUUACAGUGUUGUGAGCUGUGGUGAGGGUGCCUAUCUGGGUCUGUAGCUCCAGGAUGUGGGCUGUAUGUGUUGUGGUGGUGAAUCCCUUAAGGUCCUCUCUAACCUGUGAGAUUUCAGACAGACUUUGACGGAGGUCCGCCAGGAGGCCGGUAAGUAUUUCUGUGGUGAGCAGUGCUGACCCUUUGGCUGCUGACUGGGCAGGUUUUGGAGGCUAUAUUCUCUGCUCCCCCAGAUUGUGAAGGGAGUAGUCUUCCGAUUCAUCAGAGAAAUCCUCCAGGUCCGCCGCCAUGUCAGUUCAACCUGCUCCAUACGGCCCUCUCAGGAGGUCGCCGAUAUCGGCGCAGAAUCUGGGUCUAUCUGGCCGGGUUUUUUUUUGUUUUCCUCCCCAUCAUUUGUGGUAUCGUCUUGUGCUUAUUGGGAGGGUAUACACCCCGUAUUUCAGCUGGUUGUAGGCUUUUUUUGCCUGUUAGUCAGAGCUCCGGGAGAUUGCUACCGUUGCUGUUGAGUGCUAGCUCCGCCCGAAAAAACUUUAAGAGCAGUUUCAAACAUGCUUGGCAGCCUUUAACCCCUUAAGGACCACAUUUCUGGGAUGAAAGGGAAUCAUGACAUGUCACACAUGUCAUGUGUCCUUAAGGGGUUAAGAUCAGGUAAUAAGUUUUCAGGCUGCAGUUCAAUAGUUUGAUAUGGUUGUGAAGCUCUAUGUGCAGAAGUGGUAUAGAAGCUUUGUACUGUGUAAGAAUCAUUCUGCUUUUAGUCUCCGGAGCAUUUGAACAUAUCAUGAAAUGGUAUUCAAAGUACUGGAAUGUGUCCGUAUUUAUAUUAUGAUGUCGGAUUGUCUCACUUUUGUGACUGCUAAAACUAGUGUGCCCCCUGUGUAGAUUGCGACCUGUUCAGAUGACAACACUGUGAGAAUAUGGAGGUUAAAAAGAAAUUCUGGAGAACAAAAAAUGGGAUCUGUUGGUUGGGCUUCUCAGAAGAAAUCUAAUGAUCGCACAGGUAAGCAUUAAUUGUAUGCAAAUUGCACAUUCUAUACUGUAAUUACCACAAUAGGAGGGCUUGGUGCUUGUAUUUUUCUCUGCUCAUUGAACACAAAUUUUAAAAAAAUUAAAAAUCAGAAGUUAUCUACUGUGGUUUUAUUUUUUUAAUUCAUGGGUAUACUACAUGAUUAUUUAUAGGUUAUUCAUUGAUUGAUUAAAAGUGUGAAAUGUUUUGCUGCCAGGGAUACAAUUAAUGAGUUGUACUCAGUGGCCCAAUUUUGUAUUUUCUUUUCUUUUAGUGUGUUCUGCUGUUAUAGUAACCUUUUGUAAUGUGCAACCACUCCUACUAUUCAUUUGUGUUACUAGGAAAGGAAAUGCAGUUUUGCUAUAUCAAUGUAACUCAUAGGUGCAUAGCCAAAGAUUACAGCUCUAUGGUUAAUGUAAACAUUGUUAAUCUUUCAUCUGUAGUAAACCUUUUUUUAUGUCGAGAUAUGAAGGGAGCUAUUAUGGUGCAACUUUCUAAAAGUAUAACAGUUGAUAGCAACAUUCCUUUGCCCUCAAAGCUUUUCUUAACAUUUGCUCUUUAACAAAACAAAAAAGAUUAGAAACUGCUAUAUAUUCUGUUUAUAAUUCAACAUGCGCUUUUUUUUUUUCCUCCUUAUAGCUGUGUCCAAACUUUGUUGUACUCCUGGUAAAACAACCUCAAUCCAUAGAAGUCCUGGAAUUACUUCCCCAACACCAGCUAGUUGUGCUCCAAGUAAUACAGGUGAUCUCCCAUUGCCUUCUGUCACAGCAGCAUCCACCAUGCUAAUUUCAAAACUGCAGACUCCUACGAGGAAAAAGGUGGACAGUAUCACAGGGUCUCCUAAACAGUUGUCCACUACAAAGAUUUCUCUCAAGGACUGGGUCACUCGCACACCAAAGUCCUGCACAUCAGGGACAGAUUCAAAGACUCCUUCUCCUCGUAAAGCAUUCACGCCCAUAGAACAAUACUCAACCGUACCAAGCUCAAGAGGCCCACCUCAGCAUGAGAAAAGGGUUAAGAGGCGGCUUGAGACCAGCUCUGAAGACAUGGAGCACGACUGUGUCAGCACUUGCAACUGUGUGACAGAACUGGAGCCUGGCCUGAAAAAAUCCAAGCUGGAUUUGUGUUCCUCAGAUGGCAAUACUGACAUUGAUCUGGGAUGUUUAAGCCUUGCCACCUUAAGUAAAAACGGUGAGGGUAAGUCUGCUUCAAAUCUUGAAAGUGUGGCUUUGGUAGAGGACAUUGAAGUGCGCCCUGCUCUUGUAUCUAGUGGACUUCCAGAUAAGGAAAACAGCUCCCCUGAAAAGAACUGGCUUUCUGCCUUGGGUAACAAACUAAAGACUGACAAACCUUGUAACCAGAGCAAAAUAAGCAGCAGUCCAUCUUCAAGGAAUGGUAGCGCAAAGAAGCAUCAGACGAAGAGUAUUACUAAUUCACCCACAACUGUGAGUAUUUUCAUUAUCGUCUAGUCAUUCAUUUAAGUUUGGAAAUUUCCUUUAGCAAAUGGUAUUUGCGUUUUCUUAGCAGUUCUACAAAUAGUUUUUUGUUUUGUCCGCAUGACAGCCAAUGACUGACUUAAUGAUUAUAGGAAAGCUGUAAUUCAGGUUUGCUACAUUAGCCCCCUCAUUACACAUAUUUGGUUUUAUUUUGAAGAGUAUAUAAAAAGUGAAGUGAAGAAAGGUGCACUUUGGUUGCUGGCUCUAUUGUAACACACAGAGUGUGUCCUAGAUAGUGUCACCACCAGCAUGCUGUUAUCAAUGCAAACUUACAAAAAAAGCUUAUACUUUGGCUUUACAGUAAAGACACCUUUGGAUAUUAUACAUUUCCAUGUAUAGGUUAAGUCAGAGCAUAAUGAUUACUGGCUAGAAGCGAGUGGAAAGUGUGAGGCCCGUUGCAUGGUAUGUAUGCAUGGGACACAGUAUAUACUUCUUCGGCACUGGUGAAUCUUCCAUUGAAUGAAUCACGCAAUGUGCAACAAGAUGCCCGUCGCUCACUAACAUUGGCUGAGUGUUCAUAAAUAUAUCUCCUUAUUUUGCCAACAUUGGACUUUACCAUAAGACAAAGUAGGGACUAGUUUGUGUGGUGUUUUUUUUGUUUGUUUGUUUUUGUAAAUGUAUGUUUAUUAAUGGAACACUAUAGACAUCCAGACCACUUCAACUUAUUAAAGUGGUCUGUGUGAAGUGUACUUGUCCCUAUAAGGCUGCAAGUGAAAUGUUUACAUUGCAGGGUUAAAAUUGCCUGUAGCAAUUGGGGGGUGGGGGAUGUUUAACACAUUAAUCACCAGGUGGGGGGCGGGCCUAUAGUUAAUUGCAGGACACUAUAGCAUUGGCAAUACAGUUUUGUAUUCCGAACGCUAUAGCUUUCCUUUAAGAGUUUUUAAAGAGAUUAAAAAGACAUGCAAAAUCCAUGAAAGAGACCUGGUGUAAUGUACUUGCAAGUCUCAACAUUUGCAGAAGGAAAGAAAUCCUCUCCAGAUUGGUGGCAGCAUAGUCGAACAGCAGACAUUGAGUAUUUGGAUAAUGGUCUGAAAACCCUAUCAAAUAAUUUCCCAAUCACAAGGUGCUUAUCAAAGGAAGUAUACAUAGAAAACCAAAAUGGUAGGAAUUGCUAACUUUUAGUCCCUGGCGGUGAUCUUCACAAGAUUCCCAUUUCUUGAUAAAUGCAUGGCUUUUUUAUGUUAAAGGAUUACGUCACGCAUCGUGACUACUUCAGCAAAGUGGUCAUAGUGACUGUUGUCUGUAUGUGCAGUGUCACUGAGGUGUCAUCAGCCACCCCAAAACUAGAGCCCCAGGCUGGUUAAUUUCAAGUCGGGGGGUGAGGGGGCACACAGUUGCUAAACAAUUUGUCCGCGUAAUCCGGCUUAGGGUAUUCCAUAACCAGGCUUGGAGUAAAACCUUAAAAUCCAUAAUGGAAAAAAAAAAUAGUUGGGGAUGGAAAUUCUUUUCUUCCUGAAGUUUUUCUCCAUUGCCUACCUUUUAUAAUAUUUACUGCAAUGCCUGUUGAUACAGUGGGAGUUUGUUACUGCUAUAUCAACCCGGAUUUGUUGCAUCCACUUAGCAGUUCUUCCACAAGACAGACAUUUUACAGUGAAGCCGUGUGCAAAUUUUACAAAUACUCUGCCAAAUGGUGACUUGUGACCAUUUUGCUUUAACAUUUCUACUUCUUUUUAUAGGCUUCAACUACGCCUCGUUCAAUGAGGAAGAUUUGCACCUACUUUGUCAAAAAGCCAUCCGAGUAAGAACAUGCAGAGAAUGAAGAAAUCUCCUGUUUUCAGGAUAUCUGUUUGUCCUCGGCUGUAUCUGACAGUGGAGAAGUCUCUUUAUUUCCAGAAUUAUUUUAAAAGAAAUACUACUACAAAUGUUUUUGUUUUUAGUUGAGAUAUCUCUGUUUUUGUCACUUCACAUCUUACUUUUCUGCCACUCUGUCUUAAAAACUGAGAGUUCGGAAGGCUAGCUGCUGGAUCACUCUCCGCCCUUGGUUGCUUAACUCUAAUGCACCAGUCAACGUUCCAUAUUUGAAUUUUGAAGUUGCACUCGUGGAGGGCCAGGGCUGAAUUUUAAUGUAUUCAAACUUUAAUCUAUACAGUGCAAAAUACAUGUAUAGAAGAUCUUUUAAAUACCAGCAUUUUGUAGUGGCCAUAAUGUGAGAAGUUGCUGCAAAAAAUGUUACGUCUGAGUCACAAUACAAAGUAUGUCCUUGAAUAAUGGAUAGCAUGCAACCACACUUUAGACAUUGUGAGUGAAAAAGGAUGUACUACUGGUGACUUAAGUUGUUCGGCUUUUUUUUCUGAUGGCAUUAAAGUAUAAGCUAAAGAUAGAAUGUAGGAGUAACGGGUAUUCCGUGCCAUGUGGCUAGCGCAAUAUAUAGGUAUUGUGAUGCCACACAUAGUGUCACAAUUUUGUAUUUGUAUGUUCUAUAUGUAUCGAAAUGUAUGAAGACCGUUUGGUAAGCAAAGCACUUUUUAUAAAAUCAGAAACUGUGACAGCUAGAAUAACAUUUUACUUGGUAGUAACUGAAUUUUAAAUUUCAGCAGGUAUAUGCAAGCUAUGUUAGACUUGUGAAGCAAUGACCGCUUAAUUAUAGACAAAAUCACAUUACUUGUAGACAGCCACCAUACCACAUUUCAAUCAGGGUUGUCCAACCUUUUGAACUACAGUUCCCAUAAUUUGUUGCCAGGCUGAGGUUGUAGAUCUGAUUUUUAAUGUAUGUUAGGUUUUAAGAACUCUGGGCAUGGUUAUCCAAAAAUAGAUUUUUACUGUUUUAAGGACUCCAAUGUUCAUGCAUUUGUAUAGAGUUUUGGGAUGGAGAAUUUUAAAAACUAUAGAGUGGGCCAUUUGUUACAUGAUGGCUUUUAACAAUAUUGGUUAGCUUAUAAAAUGUUUUAUUUUUAAAUUGUAUACUGUUUUUCUGUGUAAAUGAAGCACUGCUACAACAUAUUGAUAUUAACUUUGUAAAUAUAAAUAUUAUGCAAAUA